GCAGUUCGUGCCCUGGCGGCGGUGCGGACGAUGUGGCUGACGGUGCUGAGCGGUCUGGCCUUGGCUUUGGCCCUGGCCUUGCCUUCCGUGGCCCUGGAGAACGGGCUGGCGCUCACCCCCCCCAUGGGCUGGCUGGCCUGGGAGAGGUUCCGCUGCAACGUGGACUGCCAGACCGAUCCCCGAAACUGCAUCAGUGAGAGGCUCUUCUUCGAGAUGGCAGACCGCCUGGCGGAGGACGGCUGGAGGGAGCUGGGCUAUGAGUACAUCAACAUUGAUGACUGCUGGUCUGCCAAGCAGCGGGAUGCGGCAGGACGCCUGGUUCCUGACCCUGAGAGGUUUCCCAGUGGGAUUAAGGCCCUGGCUGACUACGUCCACGCCCGGGGCCUGAAGCUGGGCAUUUACGGCGACCUGGGCACCCACACCUGUGGGGGCUACCCCGGCACCACGCUGGACUACGUGGAGCAGGACGCUCACACCUUUGCGGAGUGGGGUGUGGACAUGUUGAAGCUGGAUGGGUGCUACUCAUCAGGAAAGGAGCAGGAGGAGGGCUACCCAGAAAUGGCGAGGGCCUUGAAUGCCACAGGCCGCCCUAUUGUCUACUCCUGCAGCUGGCCAGCGUAUCAGGGGGGCCUCCCCCCCAAGGUGAACUACACCAUCCUGGCAAAGUUCUGCAACCUGUGGCGUAACUAUGAAGACAUCCAGGACUCCUGGGACAGUGUGCUUUCCAUCGUGGACUGGUUCUCUGAACACCAGGAUGUGCUGCAGCCAGUGGCUGGCCCUGGCCACUGGAAUGACCCUGACAUGCUCAUCAUUGGAAACUUUGGCCUUAGCUUUGAGCAGUCCCGCUCCCAGAUGGCCUUGUGGACAGUGAUGGCAGCUCCGCUCCUCAUGUCCACAGAUCUCCGCUCCAUCUCCCCAAGCGCCAAGGAGAUCCUGCAGAACCGCCUGAUGAUCCAGAUCAACCAGGACCCCCUGGGAAUCCAGGGGCGCAGGAUUGUCAAGGAGAAAUCCCACAUUGAAGUGUUCCUGCGCCCGCUGUCGCAGGGUGCCAGUGCUCUUGUCUUCUUCAGCCGGAGGACAGAUAUGCCCUUCCGCUACACCACUAGCCUGGCCAAGCUCCACUUCCCCCAGGAUGGUGUGUAUGAGGUAGCAGACGUGUACAGCGGGAAGAUCAUCAGCGGCUUGAAGUCAGGAGACAGCUUCUCGGUGGUUAUUAACCCCUCAGGGGUGGUGAUGUGGUAUCUCGUCCCCACGGUGCUCCCAGCACAGCCCUGGCACAUUCUCAGACAGCCAGGUCCUGGCGAGGGUUUCCGCCCGGUCCUGCUGUGAUGAGGCUCAGCGGAUGGGGGUGUGUGUGUGUGUCAGUGCUGGUGGGAGCCUCGAGACUCUGGGGCAUGUGGCUCUUCACUGCACAACUGCCUUUCCCCAGCAGUGCCAGGGAGUGACCAUCAGGUCAUUCUGGUACCAGCUUGAUGGUGCCUACUCUGCGUAAAGCAGAAAUUCUGGUUAUCCGCCUCUGGUGUGCAGAGUGUGAUUCCUUGGUGGCUGCAAAGCCCUUUGAGAUCUUCCCGUGGAAGAUGCUGUACUAGCAGAGUCCAGAUGCUGCUGGAGUUUGUCAGCUCUGCCACCUGAGCACUUCACUGCUUGGAACAGAGUACCACCAACCACUGCAGAGGCUGUUUGAGCUAUGCCUAUAGAAAGGCUUUGGAUGCUUCAGUAUCUUGGUGGCAGACACAUGACACACACACGACACAUACAUAACACACACCCAUAUAUGAUGAUGUUAGCCUCAAGGAUCAGACCUAGUCACCUUCUUGGUAAAAGACAUGCAGAUGUGAUGCUUAGGGACAUGUUUAGUGGUGGAUUUGGCAGUGCUGGGUUAAUGGUGGGACUUAAUGAUCUUCAAGGUCUUUUCCAACCAAAACGAUUCUAUUUUUUUUUUUUAAUGAUGAUUCUAUGAUCCUGUAAUCAGCUUGGCUUAGGAUAAGGGGCUCAGUAGGACUGCACCCUUCCUGUGUACCCUCCCCGGGACCAAGAGGUCCUGUAGGCAUGAUGCUUCUGUGCAGAGAGGCUUUUCUUGCAAGCCUGGUCCUGUUGCCAGGAUGCUGGAGGUGAGUGCUACUGCAGCCUAGCAUGCAUGCCAGCAUUGUAUUUGAUCUGGUACCAGUUUAUAGCAGAGCAAAAACCUCCAUUGGCCACACAACACCAGCAGCCCUGCUGUGUACAGCACCAAAAGCUGCAGAGCUGUAGUGUGUUGUGCAGCAGUGGUGUUGGAAAGAUGCCCAUGGUCCGUUGAGGUCAUCUUUUGAGUUUGGAGAUGUUUGCAGGUGUCUCUGAGGUGUAAAUUGCAUUCUGUUCCUGCUCUAGUGGGCAAUUCCUGCUAACUCCAGCAGGCUAAAAACUCAGGGUUUCUCAGGGAAAGGCUCCCCCUUCUAAGGGCAGCUACAUCCACAGCUCCAUCCUGAGGAGGAGCCAGUGCUAAUACAGUGGAAGUGAGUGGCAGGACAGACUCCAGAAGUCUCAACAGCUUCACCUUUGUACAGUAACAGUGCACAUCUUGUGGAGGAGUUUUAGGGGAGACGUGGCCUAUCCCCACUGCUCCCAGAAGGAGUGUGACAUUCAUGAAGAUUGCCUCUGAGGAUUGCAGCCCAGUGAGACCAACACAAGAUUAAGCCUCAGACUGGGGAAAUACCACAUUUUAGACUGGGGGGGUGAAGUUUCCUCCUUCUGUUCAGAUGCUGAAGGGUAUGAUUCUGCCCACUUCCAGAAGCUUUAUCCAAGUGCAGCAGCAAGAGACUGAACACGAUGCAGUUCUAAGAAGGAAGGACAAGUGCAUUUCAUGUUGCUAUAUGGGAGCGGGCUUUGUUCUUGGGGAAUGAUGGAGACAAAUUAUUUGAAAUAAAGGGGAAGCAGGUCA